CAAAGCUCCUUAAGUCCAGCAGUUCUGCUUCUUCAUCUCAGCCAGGAUGAGCUUCGGAGACCGCUACACCGUGUCAUCCUACCGCAAGAUCUUCGGAGAUUCUCCCAGAUUCUCCUCCUCUGCCUCCCGCAUGGGCAGCGCGCCUCCUCGCUCCAUCCCGGGGCUCAGAGCCAUGGCUGCGCCGCGCCACGGCGCGUCCUCAGUGGGGAUGUACAGGCGGACCGGACGGUCCUCUGCUGCCUCCUCUCUGGUUCCCACCGGCUCUCUUGAUCUAAGCCAAACCUCUGUGGUCAACAGCGAGUUCAAAGUGAUCAGAACCAACGAGAAGGAGCAGCUGCAGGGUUUGAAUGACCGCUUCGCUAUGUUCAUUGAUAAAGUCCGGCUGCUAGAGCAGCAGAAUAAGGUUCUGGAGUCGGAGCUGGUGAGCCUUCGGCAGAAACAUGGCGAGCCCUCCCGCAUUGGUCUUCUCUACCAGCAGGAGAUGAGAGACCUGCGCUCCCAGCUGGAAGAGCUGAACAGGGACAAGAACCAUAUACUGAUUGAAAGGAACAACAUGGAGGACGAGCUGCAGAAGCUCAGUGUGAAGUAUGAUGAGGAGGUGAGGGCACGGGAGGAGGCAGAGCAGACACUGAGGUCUUUCAGGAAGGAUGUGGAUGAUGCAGCAGCUGUUCGCUUGGACCUGGAGAGGCGCCUGGAGUCGCUAACGGAUGAGAUCUCCUUCCUAAAGAAGGUGCAUGAGGAGGAAAUGGAGGAGCUCAGUACCAUGAUGGAGGCGCAGCAAGUCUCUGUGGAGCUUGAGCUCGCCAAACCUGACCUAACCUCUGCACUGAAGGAGAUCCGCAGCCAGUACGAGUCCAUCGCCUCCAAAAACCUGCAGUCGGCAGAAGAGUGGUUCAAGAGCAAGUUUGCAAGCCUUAGCGAGCAAGCAACCAGGAGUAACGAGGCCAUGAGGGCGAGCAGGGAGGAAAUCAACGAGUUCAGGAGGCAGCUGCAGUCUAAGACUGUCGAGAUAGAGACCCUGAGGGGUGCCAACGAGUCUCUAGAGAGACAGAUCACCGAGAUGGAGGACACGCACAAUGCUGAGGUCACAGCCAUGCAGGAUACCAUCAGCCACCUGGAUACUGAGCUGAGGAACCUGAAGGGGGAGAUGGCUCAGCACCUGAGGGAGUACCAAGACCUCCUUAAUGUCAAGAUGGCUCUGGAUAUCGAGAUAGCUGCUUACAGAAAAUUACUGGAGGGGGAGGAGACUCACUUUAACUCUGGGAUGUCAUUCAGCUCUUCAAGCUAUGGCUACCAAACCAGAGGUGCUACCGAAUCGUUCAAAAGCAGCCAAAGAGAGAAAGGAGGAGCCGCAAAGGAAAGCUUCAAGGACAUCAGCGAAGACAAAGAAGAGGCUGACAUUAAUUCCAAUAACUGAACAUCUGGAGGGAGAGCAGAUUUGCUCUGUAUCAACAGCUCCAGUCAGUUUACACCAACUCAUGAGCCUCAAUGCUACAGUUCAUCUUUAAAUCAAUAGUUUGGUGCAGAUGUUUGAAUUUAUUGAAUGUCUCUUAGCAUGUUUAAUCACAUCAGCACUAUUUCUGUAGCCAUUAGCAAACUUCUGGCAUAGUUCUGAUGGAUGUGUUUGGUUGUACUGACUUAGAGAGAGACGGAAAAACCUUCAAGCUUGUCUAAAUGUGAAACGUCCUUCGUGGACGAGCCAAAUGUCCUCUGGAGAAAUGUUUCAGACAAAGACCUAAGUUACUGGCCACACUCACAAGAUCAGAUUGAGCACAGACAAGCCUAACAUCUGUCCAGCACGGUAGUGGCUGCAUCAUGGUGUAGGGUCAGUUUACUCCCAGUGCUAUGCAAAGAUAGAAACUAACUAAUUGAACUGAAUAUAUUGAACUUUGCUGCUAACCAACAGUUAGAUGGGUGAAUGUUGAUGGUAUGGUAUCAUAAUUGUUUUUUUUUGUUAUUCAAGUUUUUUAUUUUCCUUUAAACAAUCAAACAAGUAUGAUACAAAGCUUGCAUGGCAUAGUAUACAAAAAAUAACAGCUUACAACACAUGGUCAGACAAUUAACAUAACUAUAAGGAUAAAAGCAAAAAUAGACGGUGUUCCUGGAUGAUGAAGGG